GCAACUCAAGCCUGAGGAGCUCAGCCCACGGAGGAGAAGUCCUUCUCCCAAGUUCCAGUUUGGGUGCGGACGCGCUGCCGGAGAUGAAGCUGUUGACGUUUUGCGUGUGCGCGCUGGUGCCGGCGUGCGCGUGCUGUGAAGUGUUCACAUCGCUGCUGGACGUCCGGCAGGCCGCCAGCGUGGAGAGGAAGCUGAUGGCACACUUGAGGACGUACAUCCACGCGGAGUGGGACAGGCUGCAGAACGUCAGGCGGUUUUAUUCCAAAGUGUCGAGCAUGCACAAGGUGCUCGACGGGGGCGCGUCAGACGGCGUGGCGAACCCGCUGCUGGCCUUCACACUCAUCAAGCGGCUGCACGCAGACUGGCUCAACGUCGUCUACAGCGACCGAGCGUCGGACAACGCGCAAGCCCUCAGGUGGGGUUUGGAGCAGGAAGAAGCCAACUUGCCCAAAGAGGAGGACGUGCAAGGCGCGGCCAGGGCCCUCAUGAGGCUACAGGAUGUCUAUGCGCUCCACGUGGCCAGCCUGGCUGCUGGGCGCUUCCGGCAAGCCGGCGGAGGCCAGCUGGUGGACGUCUACGUGCCGGCUGUUGUCACGCCACUGUCUGCCGAUGACUGCUUUCUAGUGGGGAAGGUGGCCUACGAUCAGGAGGACUACUACCACUCGGUCCCGUGGCUGCGGGAGUCCGUGAAGCUCUUCAGGCGUUCUGGAGGCCGCCGGAGCCCCGAGAAUGGAGGCAAUCUGGAGGACGCGCUGGACCACCUGGCCUUCUCCCACUUUAAGAGCGGAAACAUCUCUGGCGCGCUCAGCCUGUCCCAGGAGCUGCUGCAUCACGAUCCAACGAACAGAAGAGUUUUCCAGAACGUGGCGAAAUACGAGAAGCUGCUUGCGACGAGACCGGCGAGGUCAGCAAGGGCGCCCGUGUCGCCGGGCAGACCCGCCGGCAAAUGUCCAAGGACCCAGGACGCUUACGAGAAGCUUUGCCAGACGCCGGGGCCGCAGCCGACCUUUGCGCACGACGGCCGAUUGUUCUGCGACUAUUUCACUAACGGGAGCCCUGCGCUGCAGCUGCUGCCCGCCAGACGCGAAGUGCUGAGUCUGCGUCCUCAGGUGUUCCUCUACCAUGACUUCGUCACCGAGCGCGAGUCCGAACGCAUCAAAAACCUGGCCCAGACCGGAUUGAGAAGAUCGGUGGUGGCAGCUGGAGAGAAACAGGCGACGGCAGAUUAUCGCAUCAGCAAGAGCGCGUGGCUGAAGAACUCGGCACACGCCACCGUCGCCAAGCUGGACCGGAGGAUCGCCACGGUCACGGGUCUGGACGUGACACACCCGUUCGGCGAGUACCUCCAAGUGGUCAAUUACGGCAUCGGCGGUCAUUACGAGCCUCACUUUGAUCACGCCACGUCGCCGUCCAGUCCCGUCUUCAGGCUUAACACGGGGAAUCGGGUGGCCACCUUCAUGAUAUACCUCAGCUCUGUGGAGGCGGGCGGCUCCACGGCCUUCAUCUACGGCAACUUCAGCGUUCCCGUCGUGAAGAACUCAGCCAUUUUCUGGUGGAAUCUGCAUCGUAACGGUGGCGGGGAUGAAGACACGCUGCACGCUGGCUGUCCUGUGCUAGUUGGAGACAAAUGGGUGGCCAACAAGUGGAUCCACGAGUACGGCCAAGAGUUCCGCCGCGGCUGCGGCUUGAAUCGUGAGGAGUGAGGAGUUCGGGCGCGAGUGUUUGCGCCGGGACCUUCGCGAUCGUGAGACGCACGUGCAGGUUGCGUGGAACCAGGCCGAGUCGAGAGGACGGCGCGCGGCCGAGCCGGAAGGCGCGUUACCGACCGGCUUUAAGGAUCGGGGGCCCUCCGGAGACCGAGCGCUGGAUGGGCCAGUUCCUGUGGACGGACUCAAAGCAGACUACGCUGCAGGUUUCACUUAGUAGACGCUUUGCCCACAGCGAGAAGGCAUGAAAUAUGCAGCAGCGUCUCUUGCCAUUGAGUUGGACGUCACGAGAACAAUGCCGCCCAGAUCACUUUCUUUAUCAGCCAGGGAGUCUUGUGCCCAAAUCUUCUGCUACCAUAAUAAACACUGCGAAAACACCAA